AUGAAUCUCCUUUUCCUUUUCCCCUCCUCCUUUCUCCUUAUUUUCUCCCAUUUCUCUCCUCUUCCAUUCUACCUUCUUUUUCUCCUCCUCCCCUUUUCCUUGCUCUUUUCUCCUUCUACUCUUCUCAUAAUCUUUGUCUUCCUUCCUCCCACUUUCUUGUAUUCUUUUUCUCCCUACCCCCCUUGUUCACUCUCCUUUCUCACCACUCUUUCUCCUUUUUCUUCUAUCUCUUUUCUCCAAACAUUUUCUCUCACCGUAUUUCUCCUCUUUUUCUUACCCAUUUUCUCCUUCUUCACUUCCUCUUCUUCCCCCUUUCUCAUCUCCCUCAUUUCUCCAAAACUUCUUUCUUCUCUCACUUUACCCUUUAAUUACCAGCUUUCCCUGACGAUCCGCUUAGUUGAAACCUGGGUAGGUUUGUCUGGCUCACUAGGUUUAUCUAACUAUCUACUAUCUAUCUAUCUAUCUAUCUAUCUAUCUAUCUAUAUAUUCAUACACGAUGCCACCACUAUAUCUAUCUAUCUAUCUAUCUAUCUAUCUAUCUAUCUAUCUAUCUAUCUAUCUAUCUAUCUCUUUCUCUCUCUCUCUCUAUAUAUAUAUAUAUAUUGA